AUGGGAAACAAAACGAAAGGCGAAAAGUACAUCAAUGUGCUCCUCAGACCUUCGCUCCCAACUCAGCACCAGCGGCAGCGGCAGCGGCAGCAGCAGCCGCCACAGCAGUUGGCGCCGCCGCAGGAGCAGCUACCUCAGCAGCACCACCAGGAACAGCAACGCCAACAGCAGGUGCAGCAGCAGCAGCAGCAGCAGCUGGAGCAGAAGCAGCAACUUGACAUUUCCCCCAUAAACCCUGGACAAGGCAACAUCAACAAUAUUAACCCUCCCCUUGCUGCUCCUUCUGCUCCACAGCCAGCUACAACCGCUGAAGAAGCACAUACGGAAGGACCGAGUUCGAUUACCUCAGACACGCAGCAACAUCACGAGCAGAAGCAGCAGCAGAAGCAGGAGCAGCAACAGCAGCAACAGCAGCAACAGCAAGAACACCAGCAAAACAAAGGCCACCCCAAGGAGCAGCAGAUCCAGCGACAGCCGAAUCAACAACAGCAGCAGCAACAACAAAAGCAACAGAAGAGUCGACAGCAACAGCGACGGGAGCGGCAAGCAAAGGCAGCAGCAGCAGCAAAAGCAGCAACAGCUACGGCACAAGAGAGGGCAAAAGAAAACGGAGACAGCAAACACGCCAGUCCCCGCAGACACUUGCCAGAAGCACCUCCAGCAGUAGAAGCAGCGGAUACGAAUCCAGCAGCAGCUGUAGACACUAAUCCACCAGUAGCAACAGUCACUGAUCCAGCUGCAACUGCAGACACUAAUCCAGCAGCAGCAGCAGCACAAACAACAACAACACCAGCUGCAAUAGCUGCACCAGGAGCAAUAGCAGCAGCAGCAGCAUCAGCAGAACAAGGGCUAGGAGAAACAACAUCGGCAGCAGCUGCAGCAGCAAGGAGCGCAGAAGAAGAAUCAGAACAUGGAGCUGUGGAAAUUGCAGAGGAAGAACUUUUGAUAGCAGACCCAGAGACUGCAGCAGCAGCAACAGCACCACUAACAGCAGCAGAAGUAGCCGCAAUAGCAGGCUGUGGCGGGCCAUCUUUUAACGACGGCGAUAUGAGGCGGGUGGCUAGAGUUCCUAGCAGAAUCGAAGACUUCAGCUCCCUUGUUGCUGACGGAGGUAAGGGUUGCUCUGUGAUGCAGCGGGUGCUGCUGCAGCAGCUGCGUCUGCAAAAGCUAGUUGCUGCUCUCAGCCUUAAAGCAUGCGGUCCAUGGCAGCAGCAAACUGCUGCUGCUCCUGCAGAUGCUGCUGUCUCUUGUGUCCUCCUUUACUCUAUACCUCGGACACGCACCAACGGGGCACCCGGCCUACCCUGGCGUCAAGGUCGCGUUCACUAUCUUGUUGGCCCUGCGGAAGCAUUGGAAGUGGGUAUGGGAAGUGCAGCAGCUGCAGCAGCUGCAGCUGCCGCUUCUGCUGCAGCUGCCAUGGCCUCUGAGGGAGCAGUAGCAGCAGCAGCAAAAGCAGCAGCCGCAGCCGCAGCAGCAGCCGAAGUCCCUGUUGGGUGGCAUGUUUCUUCUCUUGCUCCUCUUUAUGAAGAUCCUUCUAGUGGAGAUUUGUUGCUGCUCGGUCUUCUUCCUCUAAUCCCUAAAGCAAGAAUUCUCUGCUGUUACUUCUCUGAUGCCAGCAGCAAAGUGUACGACUUCCAAUGCGGCUGUUGUGAGGAAAGGGGAAACUUCUUUCCUUCUUGUUUGUUGGAGCAGCUAGAACUGCAGCAGCAGUUCCUGCAGCAUCAACAGCAGCUGCUUCUGCAGCACCAGGAGAAGCUUCUUCAGGUUGCAUCGGCACACGAGGCGCUAGCAACGCAGCGACAGCUGCAUCACCUGCAGCACCUGCAGCGACAGCUUCCCCCGCAGCAGCAGCGACAACAGCAGCAGCAGCAGCGCCAACUCGACAUGCAGCAGCAGGAACUACAGCACCAGCAAAACCAUUGCUUCUAUACCUUACCUCCAAGAGCUCGCGUCGUUAGCAUCCGUGAUGGCCGAUUGGCUGAGGGAGACAGAUUGACGUGCUCCGGGAUUAGCGUCCGCGUGUCUGCUGCAUUUGCUGCUGCUGCUGGUGGCAAUUGGACAAGGAGCAGCGCUCAUUACAUGGACAGCCGCAGCGGCCUAUGGAUAGGGGUGCCAUUAACCCCAACAGACCCAGCUGCAGCAGCUGCUGCUGCUGCAGCUGCAGCGGCAGAACCACAACCAACACCACAACAAGCAACGCAACCAGCACAAGCACCAGCUGCAGCUGAACCACAACGAGCAGCAGCAGCAGCAGCAGGACCACCAGGUGCAGAAUCACCAGCAACAAUCGAACUAAACCCAGAACAAGCAGCAGCAGCACAAGCAGCACCAGCACCAGUAACAGUACCAGCAGCCGUAUCUGCAGCAAUACCUGAAGCAGUACCUGUAGCAGUACCAGCAGCAGUAUCAACAGUCGCACCAGCAGCAGUACCAACAGCAGAACCGACAGUACCAGUAACACGAGCAGCAGAGGUAACAACAAGAAGGAGGAAGAACGUGGAGAUGUCGUUUCUUAUGCCUGCCGAAAGAAGUCUUCGAUUUGUUCUUCAAGACGCAGAUGGAGUUUUGUAA